UGUUCUUCUUCUUCUUCUCUCAUUAUUCUUCGUUAUCUUCGUCAUAUUCUUUGAGAAUCAAUCGAGGAUUCUUCUUCCCUCUUACGCGAGUCGGGGUGCCUCGAUCGUCGGGACCCUCGCGUGUACAUUUUCUCUAAGACUGAAAUCGAGAGAUAGACACCAUAAAUAAAAAAAGAAAGAGAGAAAGAUAGAAAGACGUGUGAUCGUUCGUAGUGCAGUGCCUCGUUCAUGUGAACACGAUGAUAACCACUAUUAUUGCUAUUAGUCCUACUAUCUUUGCUACUAUUAGGACGGCGACAAAGACGACGACGACAAAGACGACAAAGACGACGACGACGUUUUGCUCGCUCACGCGGAAAGUUUGUGAUAGUCGAUGACAGCGACGCCAUUGCUCGGAUUAAACGAAUACAGACGGCCGAGGAUCGUGUUCCGGGAAUCGUCUUGAUUGGAAGAUCCGGUGAUCCAAGGACUACAAUAUUCGAGCCAACAUGCCAAUCGGAUGCCAGGGAUGAAGAAGAUGUGUCUCUAAUUGUAACUAAUUAAUAUGUUACUUAGCUAGUUGAAUUAGUAAGUGAUUUGUUAUCCGCAUAUUCUUGGUGACUGUGAAACACUAACAGUGAAAAGAGAAUUCGUAUCAUCGAAUCGAAGCGCGAGUGAAUUUCGUUUUUUUUUUUUUUUUAAUUACCGUGUUUUCGUAAACAAACGAAAAAGAAAAAAGAAAAAAUAACAAGAGAAAAGAAUAUUUCUCGAUUUACUCGCUUCUCCGUCCUAUUUCUCUUCUUAACGUAAAGGACAAACGGAUUGUGCUAACAAUAAGUAACUUUUCGUUUGGAUAAUUUAGCGAAUUAGAAUAAUUGUAAGCGUGAUUAAAAUUUGUCUCACGCUAGAUCUAUCAAUCGAUCUUUUCGGGAGUGAAGUGUAACAAUAGACAUCUUCAAGUAGAGGAAAACGAUCGGAAGUAGAGAAAGGGAGCGAAUAGUAAACGGGCGAGUGCAGUGACUGACUUACAUCGGGAACGCCAACCUGCAAUCAAGGUUCAUGGUUUUCAUGGAGGAGAGCGAGCUCUCGAGCAAGCGGUGGGCCAGUGCGCCCCGCCGCCCGGACAGCCCCUGCGUCCUGGGGGCACCGACGUCUAGGGAGGCGGCGGGACCCCCGGUGCAGCUGGAACCAGUGGACCUGUCCGUGAAAACUCCCGUGGUGUUGCAGGUGCCUCGGUAUAAUCCUGCAGUAAUAAUUAGUGCCGCUGCAAGAAGAGUACCUUCACCUUCGACAACGCCUACACCACCACCAGCAUCUCUCUACGUCUCUUCAACCGUGUCGCCCACCUUGCCAUCUUUGGGAGAAGUAGCAUGGGAAAGAGAACAGGAACGAGAUCGGGAGAGGGAGAGAACACGAGAGAGAGGACGAGAAAGAACUGGAGAGAACGAAAGGGAACGACAACAAGAACGAGAGAGUGCUAUCAGGGAGAGAGAAACGCGAGAUCGAGAAAGGGAACGAGAUCGCGAUCGAGAGAGACAACGUGAGAGGGAAAGAGAGAGGGACGUUUCCGUUUGCGUUAUGGAACCACCCGACCCAGUUUUCGUAUCCUCCCCUGCAGCCCUUCUCGCUUUGCAAAGGAUAAAGGAAGCAUCUCUUGUCUUUCACAAACGACCAACGCUGGCGAGUGGGAUUGGAUUAAGCGGUAGAGCUAAUGCUGGCGUGGGUGGAAACGGAGCUAGUUUAGGGGUCGAGAGUGAGUGCGGGGACGCUUUGAAAAGGCGCAAGGUUCACAGAUGUGACGUCGCGGGCUGUGACAAGGUCUACACGAAAAGUUCCCACCUGAAGGCACACAAGAGGACUCACACUGGGGAAAAACCGUAUCAAUGCACGUGGGAAGGGUGUACGUGGAAAUUUGCACGUUCGGACGAGCUUACGAGACACUAUCGCAAGCACACUGGCCAAAAACCGUUCAAGUGCCAUCUCUGUCAGCGAUCUUUUUCUCGGAGCGAUCAUCUCUCUCUACAUAUGAAGAGGCACUGAUUAGCUAACGUCCGAACGACGAUGAUUAUUAGAUACUACAGAGGAAGAACAGAAAAUGAAAGAGAACAAGAGAGAAAAGGAAAUAGAGAGAGAGAGAGAGAGAGAAAUGGUGAAUAACGGUGGAAACUUAUCGAUGCAACCACCGAAAAAUCAAUAUUUAAAGACUACGACGACGGAAACGACGAUUUUACAUCGGGACCUGAAGAGCUUAGGCACUAAAUAUAAUAUUAUCGUUCGAUUAUGAACGACAAUGCCUGGCUGAAUGAAAUUAGAGAAGAAAGUUGAAGAAUUUUUAGAUUGUUCGUUAGAUUUAGAGCUUUUUCCUUCUUCGUUUCUUUUUUCUUGACUCUUAUUUUCUUUUUAACACAACGAUUAUCACGAGAUGAUCAUAUUAUUAGUUCGCGUAUCACAUCUUUCCACUUUUCCUUUAAAACUGACGACAGAUAUAUAAUUUUGUUAUUUCAAUUUCGGUUUCUUUUUUUUCUCUCGCCAAUCGAAUUCCUAUGUAGUAUCGCAUCCACUGCUUUUCAUUUUUCUCGAUAUAUCAUUCGUAUUUAUUUUUUUUUUUUCUUUUUUUUUUUGUUGAAAUUCGUUACGUACGGUUUAACAACAAACUCGUCCGUAAAUUUCGACGAGUUAAAUGACGAGUCAAUGUUUUACACGAUUAAAUUAUUAAACAUAAGUUAGAAAAAAAUAAAAAAUGAUUA